GCAUCACUCCAGCCGUUGAUAUCAAGGAACAAGAUGGCUGGGGAGGAGGUCCUGAGCUCAACAUGGAGGUCGGAAGAGGAGGAGGAGGAGGAGGAGGAGGAGGAGGAGGAGGAGGAGGAGGAGGAGGAGGAGGAGGAGGAGGCAGCGUGGAGGAGGGGGGAGGGGAAGGCCGCCCCCCGAAGAUCGCAGCCCCUGAAAGAGAUCUGGAGCAUCCGACCAAUAACUGCGAGACCCUUAUUCACGUACUGAAGGGAAACGUGGGCACUGGUCUCCUUGCAAUGCCAGAAGCCUUUAAACAUGCUGGCUUAUGGGUUGGCUUCCUUGGCAUCCCUAUCAUGGGUUUGGUCUGUAUCCACUGCAUGCACGUCCUGCUGAAGUGUUCCCGGGAGCUGUGCAGGAGAACCCAACACUCUUCUCUUAGUUAUGAGGAGACUGCUAAGAUGGCUUUUGCUGCGGGGCCUGAAAAAUGCCAGCGAUGGGCGAAUGUAGUCGGGUACACCAUUACAACCUUCCUGAUCAUAACACAGAUGGGAUUUUGCUGCGUUUACUUCGUGUUUGUGGCCCAGAACUUGAUGCAGGCGGUGCGAGGGAUAACAGGAGGAGACGCCAUAUCUGACCUCGCAUGCAUGGCUCUUCUCAUCGUCCCAAUGCUUCUCGUCUGUUAUAUUCCUGACCUCAAGUACCUUGCGCCCGUGUCACUGAUAGCGGGAACAAUACAAAUAGUAGGCCUUGGAAUCUGUCUAUAUUACAUGGUCAGAGACUUACCUGAAAUUAGUGAAGAACUACCUGCUUUUGGCGGGUGGGCAGGCCUCCCCAUGUACUUUGGGUCUGCUGUUUAUGCUUUUGAAGGCAUUGGUUUGGUACUACCCCUGGAGAACAACAUGAGGACCCCCCAGGCUUUCGGGGGAUUUAAUGGCGUCCUCAACACAGCCAUGAUGGUGGUCGUGUGUUUGUAUGCCGGCUUUGGGUUCUUCGGGUACCUCACGUAUGGCUCAGCUGUGCAAGGCUCCAUCACACUCAACCUUCCCUUCGAUGACGCACUAGCCCAGGCGGUGAAGAUCUUAAUGGCGUUGGCUGUGUUCCUGUCGUACCCCCUGCAGAUGUACGUUCCCUAUGAGAUUUUGACUCCCUCUAUCCUUGAAAAAUUUGCCCCGGAACACAAUUCAUCAGCGGCAAGGAGGCGUCUAAUUGAAUAUGUCUUUAGAACCGCGUGUGUUUUGUUUACCUUUGUCCUUGCAGCGGCCAUACCAAACAUAGGACUCUUCAUAUCACUAGUGGGCGCCGUCAGCUCAUCAACUCUCGCCCUUAUAUUCCCGCCAAUAGUGGAGACAGUGACCUUCUGGCCUGACACAGGGCGGUACCAUUGGAGAGCUGUCAAGUGCCUGCUGAUUGCUGUGUUUGGGUUCCUUGGGUUUGUGACAGGAACCAUAACAAGCGUUCAGGGAAUUAUUGACAUGUUUGUGAAUGGUAGUUAACUGUCUGUGUGUGUGUGUGUGUGUGUGUGUGUGUGUGUGUGUGUGUGUGUGUGUGUGUGUGUGUGUGUGUGUGUGUGUGUGUGUGUGUG